AAUUUUAGUGUCAUAUAGUACAACAACAAAAAUCCUCAAUCAAAAUACAAUUAUUCACCGCUUCCUAUACAAUUUCUAAAGUUUUUAAGACUUACUAGUAAGAUGAAGAACAGUGCCUCAAGGUUGUUAAAGAAGAUCAUAGCCGGUCUUAGCGCAAUGGCGAAAUCAAAGACACUCGCAUUGAAGUCGAAGACAAACGCCAUAAAGGCGCGUCUCAUCAUAUUCUCGCUCAUGAAGAACAAGAAGUUCCUCAUGAGUUCCAUCUCGGAGAAGUUCCACUCCGUGUUGGGCCAUCAUAAUAAGGAAGACGAAGCUAACAGCAACAAUUUCUUAUUGGAAGAUGGGAACGAGAACGAACACAAUCAGAAUCAGAAUCAGAAUCGCAAGAACAAGAACAAGAACGCCAUUGUGUUGUUCCGGAACAACGCUCAGAGCUACGAGAAGGUUCCGAAUCCAAGCGAGGCGCAGUUCGUGGAAGAUGAAGGAGGUUGUUACUACAACUACGAUGAUGGUGGUGAUGGUGAUGAUGAUGAGAAGUACCCUGAUCUGACGCACACGCUGUUUGAUUCAGAGGAUUUGGAUCUUGAAGGAUCGGUGAUUGAUUUGGUGAAGAACUCGAAGGAAGAGAGAGGACAAGAAUUUAAGUUGGAGGAUGAGAUUGAUCAAUGUGCUGCUCUUUUCAUUAAGAGAUUCCGCAGGCAAAUGAUUCUUCAAAAGCAGGAAUCUUUGAAGAGGCAGCAAGAAGAGCUCACCAACAAUGCAGCAUGAAAAAACCCUCAUUCAUUCUUGGCUAAGUCUAUAAGCCGCAACCGCUAUCUCCCUUUGCCAUGGUUUUUUUUUUUAACUCACAAUAAGGGAGUAGUGAAAGGUUACUGUUGCAGGGUGACAAGGAGGAGCAUUCUCUCUUCAUUUUUUAAUUUGUAAUUCUCUUUUUCUUCGGUGCUUCUGUAUAAAAGUUAAAUAAAGAAAACAAGAAAUGUAAGAUGAAGAUGUAACGUUUUACAUACAUGUUGUAAUGGUAUACAGCAGAUCAUGUUUUUGGGGAUUGUAUAAAUCUGCAACUAUUGUAACAUGUGAAGCAAGCACCACAGUCAUGAAGCCUAGCUAAGCUAAUUAAGCUAAUUCAAUAGUUGGUGUAUAUUCAUAUA